CUGUUUCUGUGGGUGUGUUUGUGUUUGCGUUUGAUUAAAAAUAUUGUCGCAGUCCCCCCGUUUACAAUUGCAAGUGCAUAAAUUCAAUGGUAUUUUACUCGUUUAGAAAUUACAUUUGUGAAAUUAAAAAGCAACAACCACAACAACUACAACGACAGCAGCAACAAGCAAAGCACUUGUCAAGUUAUCAACAAAUAAAAAGAAGAGUUUUAUCGUUUCGUUUGACAUUGACUCUCAAUCCGACAGUUUCUUUUAAACUGUAUUAGGUGCUGUUGAAACUGUAAGCAGAAAUCUGAAAUCAGAGCAGCGAAAAUGCCGCGUAAAAAAGUGGAAUACCGCGUGAAACAGAUGCCCUCGCGUCCCAUGCAAAUGGCAAACGCCCGCAUCGGCACCCUGGAGGAGGAUCUGCAUCCAGAUGAUGAGCUGGCGGCACACUAUGAUGUAUUUGGCACAACGCCUCCGCGUACCCGUCAAAAGAUCAAGAAUCGUGACUGGGAGCGUAAACAAAAGGUGGCCAACGUUGUGGCCUCUACAGAUGCGCCCGCCAGUGUUGGAGCCACACCAAAGAAGGGGAUGACGCGACUGGCACGUACUAGGGUGCAACGGCGGAACACCAUGGACUGUGCCCUGCUCAACCAGAUGUUCGUCAACGAGGAGGGCAAGAGGACGGAUAAGAGAUUGCAGUCGCUUCUUCGGGAUUCGGAGCGUGAGAUGAAGAGCUCGCUGGCGACGUCGACGUUGGUGCCGCCGCGUGGCAACAGUUUCCAUGAGGGUGCACACACACAGGAGGCACUGGACAAGAUAAUGCCAUUGAGUUCGGAUGCAUCGGCAGCGUUGCCACUGCGUAUUGCAUCCAAGGUGGUGGAGAGCUGUAAUCGAUAUCGUUGUGUCUCCUCUCGACCCAUCGGCUGUCGCUCCUCUGCUCCCCCCUUGGCGUUUGCACCACAGUUGCCGCAGCUGCCGCAGUUGCGAGUGGAUGGCAAACAAACUCCGGGAUUGGCCAAGCGUAAGGAUUUCCAUGAGACAUUUGCGAAUCUGAUCAAGCUGGGAAGCGUCGACAGACAGGAUGCCAAAUUGUCACAGGAGGAGCAUACGUGGCAGACGGAGCUGAAGGAUCUCAUCUGGUUGGAGCUGCAGGCCUGGCAGGCCGAUCGCACCGUUGAGCAGCAGGAUAAGUACCUCUUUGAGGCACGUCACGGUGUCUCCGAUCUUCUCACCCAGAUCAUCAGCUACAAGUUCCAGCCACGCUACAGACGCGAGCCCAGCCUGCUGAGCCUUGACAGUGGCAUCCACUCGGAUGCCAAUUCCAAUGCGAGUUCUCCUUUGCCAAGCAAACUAUGUCAGGGAUGCAUGUCUCUAUAUUGCAAGGAUUGCAUGGAACAGCAGGAGUUGGCGCUGCGUGAAGUGGAGGAUCUUCUGACGCGCCUAGAGGUGGCUGAGGCAUUGUAUCCCUCAUCCCAGGCCAUGGGUGCACUGCAUCCCAUCUACAAAUCGCAGAGCUUUGUGGGUCGCAUCAAAUCCAUGUGCCUUUGGUAUAACAUUACCAAGCAGAACAAGCUGAAGCUCAGCAUUCUGGGCAGGAUUCUAGCCAGGCUGCAGGAUGUCAAGUUCUCCUGGCCAGUGCAGACAUCCUACAGGGGUUCGGAUAGCGGAAAUUCCUCUGCCUCGGGCGUGGAAAAUGAUGACUCGGCGGUUAAUUCAAUGGACUCCAUAAAGCCACCGAGUGUGGCGGGCAAUGGUCAAGGACCACGCAAAGGAUGCGGCACAAUGUCCUGCGCCAAGGUGCAGUUUAUGCUGAACGACUCGACCCAUGUGCCGGGCGAGACCUCAAGCAGCAAUGAAUCGACAUCGACGGAGAUUAGUCAGCUGUCGAACGAUUUGCAACAUGGCCAAUUGCGCAAGGGAUCGAUGCAUGACAUCAACAUCUUUAGCGUGGAGCCGCUGGGCACGUCCAACGAUUACAAUGGUGAGCAAUCCUCGGGAUUGUAUCGCAAGUUCAUUGAGAAUGUGCUAAAGUGCCGUGGACUGGCCAAAUCGUUGGCCUUUUUGCAUCAGCUGCACAAUGUGGCGUUGUACAAGGCGCACAUUGCUUUGGAGAAACCUGGGGCGGAGGAUAUGGAGGACUUUGAGCUGGAUGCGGACGUCAUUGAUCAGGAUGUGCCACGCAUGGAUCCACAAAUUAGUCACGAGCAGAUCAUCGAGCUACGCACCUAUGGCUACUGGAGCGAGGAGGCGCAAUCUAUCAAUCUGCCCUCGUACAUUCCCACAUUUGUGUUCCUCAGCGGAAUUCCGUUGCAAUUCAUGCACGAAUUCUUGCGGAUGCGUCUCGAGACGCGUCCCGUUCGCCCCAAUCCUCUAAGCUUGGAGCAACUGAUGAAGGAGCUGCGAGAGGGGCUCACCUUGGCCCUGACACAUCGGGAGCGUUAUCAGCGCCACAUAACGACGGCACUGGCCGAGAACGAAUCAGAGUUGAUCAGCUAUAUAAAUAUUCUGAAUCAAUACGAUGCCACUGUGCGCAAGACAUUCGAGCUGUACUUGGACUAUAUUGAUCAACUGGUGCUGGUUGCCGUGCCGGAGACGAAUCAGAAGUCCGUGCUCGAGAAGGAAUGGAUGUUCACCAAGCUGAUCAGUCCCAUGAUCAAAGGCAUGCACACGCUUGCCUCCCAAAAGUUUUGUGGCAUCAUUAGCAAACUUUUGCGCAGCAUUUCAAAGCGUUUGGUCCAGAGAUCCGGCGAGUUGGAUGAACAGAUUGCUGGCACCGCGCACAGUAAUAACGAUAACGAGGAAUUAAAGUGGCAACUCCUCACCAUUUGCCGGGAGACGCAGGCGCUGCUCACCGAGGAACGGGAGCGUUCGAUAAAGGUGCUCUUCUUUGCCAAGACCUUUUGUCGGGAUGUGGAGACAACGGACUUUCAUCGCGAGCACUAUGAGCAUGAUGUGGCCAAUCAUCAGCAUGAUUUCAUCUGUUCCGACGUGAAGUCCGCAUUCAAGUUGCUGCAACAGGAUGUGCUCGAGGUGCGCAACAAACUGACCGAGAUCAUUAAAGGUGUCCAGCAGCGAUGUUGUCUCAGCAACAUGCAGGAUCUGGACGAACAGGAUCGCCUUGCCGUAUUGUCGCGCACCCGCGAAAUUCUGCACCAGGGCUACAAGUUUGGAUUCGAGUAUCACAAGGAUGUGAUCCGUCUGUUCGAGCAGCGCAUCAUGGACCAAAAGGACAGUUCACACACUGUGGAUCUGGCCCUGGGCAUCAUUGCCUUUGCCAAAAUGUGGAUGCACUUUGUGAUGGAGCGCUGCGAGCGUGGACGUGGCAUGCGUCCGCGUUGGGCCUCCCAGGGAUUAGAGUUUCUCAUGCUGGCCUGUGAUCUGCAGAUCACCCAACACUUGAAUGACACACAAUUCGAGGAGCUGAAACAGCAAAUGGAUCGCUGCAUUUCCCAUGUGAUUGGCAUAACGUCGGAGCCGGAGAAGGUUGCCCGCAAGAAGGCAUCGCCACGCACUCGCAAGACAUCCUCUCCGGCCACCAGUCGCUCCCGGACGCCAACACGGACGCCAAUGUCGGCUGGCAUUAUCUUGAAUCCUAAUACGCCGCCAUUGCAGUCACCACAAUACAACAAGCUGCUGCAUCCUCAGUUCAGUCUCAAGGAGGAGCUGCUGCAGCAGAGCUCGGCCACCUACAGUUCCGUGGACAGCACCGACUACGUGGAGGCACCUCAUGGCAGCGGCAACGGGGAGCUUCGUCUCUUGGUGCCACAGACGCCGCCCAUUUCCACAUCUUCCGGCAAAGAAAGCAGCAACUCGACGCCUCUAGCAUCACGCCAUGAGCGAGUUCGGGAUGCAGUGAAUCGAUUGGAUCUUGACUUGGAGGAGCAUCUACGAGAACGUCGUCUCAUUGGCCAGGUGAAAGCGCUAAAUUCAUGCGAUAAGGUGCAAAUCCGAGCUCGCAGCGUAAACUUCCGUUGGCAUCGCGGCAUCAAGAUUGGCCAAGGACGCUUUGGCAAGGUCUACACCGCGGUCAACAACAACACCGGCGAACUGAUGGCCAUGAAGGAGAUCGCCAUACAGCCGGGCGAGACACGUGCCCUCAAGAAUGUGGCGGAGGAGUUAAAGAUACUGGAGGGCAUCAAGCAUAAGAAUCUGGUGCGAUACUACGGCAUCGAGGUGCAUCGCGAGGAGCUGCUCAUCUUCAUGGAACUGUGCUCCGAGGGCACCCUCGAAUCCCUCGUCGAACUGACUGGCGGCCUACCCGAGGCUCUGUCACGUCGAUUCACCGCACAGCUGCUCUCUGGAGUCGCCGAGCUGCACAAGCACGGCAUUGUGCAUCGGGAUAUCAAGACGGCCAAUAUAUUCCUAGUGGAUGGCAGCAACAGUCUCAAGUUGGGCGACUUCGGAUCUGCAGUCAAGAUCCAGGCACACACCACGGUGCCCGGCGAGCUUCAGGGUUAUGUGGGCACCCAGGCCUACAUGGCGCCAGAAGUGUUUACCAAGACGAACAGCGAUGGCCAUGGAAGAGCUGCCGAUAUCUGGUCGGUGGGCUGCGUUGUAGUCGAGAUGGCCUCGGGCAAGCGUCCUUGGGCACAAUUUGAUUCCAAUUUCCAAAUCAUGUUCAAAGUGGGCAUGGGCGAGAAGCCGCAGGCACCGGAGAGCCUCUCCCAGGAGGGACACGAGUUCAUCGACAAUUGUCUGCAGCAUGAUCCCAAAAUGCGUAUGGCAGCUAUUGAGCUGCUCGAGCAGAACUUCUGCAAGUCUGGACGGGAUGAGGAGUACAGCAGCGAGCAGUUGCAGGCACAGAUGAGGGGCUCAUUUAGGCGCAAUGUUGUGCAGAAUUAGCUAACGAAAAAUAUGUAUAUGUACAUAGUACAUGUGUAUCUAUAAAACUGUCAUUUGUUAUCGAUUGCACAGAUAUACGACUAUAUAUAAGCGUAUGUGUGUGUGCUGUGUAUCUGUUUGUGUUUGUGUGUGUGUGUAUGUGUAUGUGUAUCCGUGCUGUGCUCUAUAAUUUAUGUGAAAGAAGGCGACCGAAGGUCGAGCUGUGCAUUGGCCGCGCCUAGUUUUAUCUUGGACAAUAAAUAUCCUAUGAAAUAUUUGUAAACAAGACAGAAACGCACAAUUAAACUUAAUCAAUGCAUGUUAAACACAGAAAUUAAAGAAAACAAAAUAUCAC